AUAUGUGACCAAAAAGUGUUUGUUGAACAAGGGUUCUGUGAUCCAUAGAACCAGUGGGAGUCGUCGUCGUCUUUCACUGCGAGUGUUAGGGUCCCAGAUGAUCUUAACACAAGGAGCAGUUCGUCCUUCUCCUACUUGCUUCACCCGUUUCGCUCGUCUGACCACCCAUUUAUCGUUUUCGAAAGCUAAUCCUUCAUCAACUUCAGGUUCUAGAUAUGAGAACUCUCGUGGACGUCUUCCUUAUUUCAACCGCAUUCUUUCAGCUGCUCCCGUACAUACGAAUUCGAGUGUACAGAAAGGAGAGCAGAUAACUCUCGAGCAACCAGAAAUCAUAUUUAUAGGGACAGGAACCAGUGAAGGAAUUCCACGAGUGAGCUGCCUUACCGAUCCCUUAAAGAAAUGCCUGGUUUGCUCAAAAGCUGUGGAACCUGGAAAUAAGAAUAAGAGACUUAAUACAAGCAUCCUUAUUCGUUAUCCUCGUCCCUCUGGCAUAUGUAACAUUCUUAUAGAUGCCGGCAAGUACGUAAAAAUGCUUUCGUCAAUGGUUUUGUCUAUACGUCUACGAUCGUUCUUCUACCAAAGUGCUCUUCGUUGGUUCCCUACUUAUGGGAUACGAACACUAGAUGCGGUUGUGAUUACUCAUUCUCAUGCUGAUGCAAUUGGAGGUUUGGACGACCUUCGUGACUGGACAAACAACGUUCAGCCGUAUAUUCCAAUUUACGUAGCCGAGCGCGAUUUUGAGGUGAUGAAAAAAACCCAUUAUUAUCUAGUGGACACAAGCGUGGUCACACCCGGAGCUGCGGUCUCGGAGCUGCAAUUCGAUAUCAUACAAGAAAAGCCAUUCAUUGUACAUGAUCUUAAGUUUACCCCGCUACCGGUGUGGCAUGGUCGUAAUUACCGUUCCUUGGGUUUCCGCUUUGGCAGCGUUUGUUACAUCAGUGAUGUUAGCGAAAUACCUGAUGAAACUUAUCCCCUUUUAAGAGAUUGUGAAGUCCUUGUAAUGGAUGCGCUGAGGCCAGAUCGGUCAUCUUCAACGCAUUUUGGACUUCCAAAGGCUUUGGAAGAAGUCCGAAAAAUCCGACCAAAAAGAACCCUUUUUACAGGCAUGAUGCAUUUGAUGGAUCAUGAGAAAGAGAAUGAAGGUCUAUUGAAGUUGAUGGAAACCGAAGGUCUAGACGUACAACUCAGUUAUGACGGGCUCCGUGUUCCAAUAAAUCUAUAACAUUUGCACCUUUCCGACCGCACUCACGUUUUUCUCGCAAACGGAACGGAAAACCGCGGUGUCAAGACACCAUAUUAUACAAUAACUUGAUGCAAAUUGAUGUUUUGUAUUCUUUUGGAACUUGUCAACUUUUGGCUUUAAAUGUAGGAGAUGCCUCAUAAUUUGGUAGGAUUUUGUCAUAUAAUUCUUUUGUCAAUUUUUAAGCAUCCUACAUGGAAUAAAGUAUUGGGUAGGGGGU